UAAUCUUCCAAAGGGAACGAAUCAGGGUGCGACAUAGCAUAGGCCGUUCUCGUUAGUGAUUGGUCUGUUGGUCCUUUAGCACAGGAAGAACAUGGGUGUGUUUCCGAGAGGCGGGACGAAAUAUUCAACGACGAACUUCCCUGAAGCUACCGGGUACAACAUAUCCAGGAUGGAGCUGCGUCCACUUGUUACUUUGUUCUUUGCUCUCUGUGUGGUAUAUGCCACGAGCAAACCUACAGAGAAGAAGGAUCGUGUUCACCAUGACGAGCCCCUUAGUAACAAAGAACAUGAAGAUGCAGACAACUUUGAUUAUGACCAUGAAGCAUUUCUUGGACAAGAGGAGGCUAAGACCUUUGAUCAGCUCACACCAGAGGAGAGUAAAGAGAGGCUUGGAAUGUUGGUGGAACGCAUUGAUGAUGACAAGGACGGUUUUGUCACAGUUGAAGAAAUGAAGAAGUGGAUCAAACAUGCUCAAAAGAGGUGGAUUUAUGAUGAUGUGGAGCGACAAUGGAAGAAUCAUGACCUUAAUGGUGAUGGAGUUGUCUCCUGGGAGGAAUACAAGAACGCAACAUAUGGAUAUAUUCUUGAUGACCCUGACCCUGAUGAUGGCUUCAGGUAUAGUCAGAUGAUGAAUCGCGAUGAAAGAAGAUUUAAAAUGGCUGAUCAGGGCAAUGACUUAAAAGCCACAAAGGAGGAGUUCACAGCUUUCCUUCACCCUGAAGAAUACGACCACAUGAAAGAUAUUGUUGUGCUGGUAAGUGCAAACAAAGGAGCACUAGCUAGCAAGCUAACCUAUUAAGGUGAUAUGUACAACCAGGAAGGAGAUGGUACUGAGCCAGAGUGGGUGAAGACGGAGAGAGAGCAGUUCACUGAAUUCAGAGACAAAAACAAAGAUGGCAAGAUGGACAAGGAGGAGACCAGAGACUGGAUCCUGCCAGAUGACUAUGACCAUGCUGAGGCAGAGGCCAAACAUCUAGUCUACGAGUCUGACACAGACAAAGAUGGCCGCUUAACCAAAGCAGAAAUCAUCGACAAGUACGACCUGUUCGUGGGCAGCCAGGCGACCGACUUUGGAGAGGCCCUGACUCGACACGACGAGUUCUAGUGUCCUUCAGCUCCAAAGACUGUGUUCAUCUUGCAAUUGUCAACCUUGUCCACUGACUGUUGUCAGUGCAUUUCAAGAUGAGCUCUUCUGAUCCAACGCCACGGGCAGUAAUUUAUUUGAGUUCUGGGAUUAACCACAAUUCCCAUUAUACUCAGUAUUCUUUUCAGAGAUUUUUUUUUUUUUUUUUUUUUUUUUUUUUACAUGUUGGAGCAGUUUGUCCUCACGUUUGGAUUUUGGGAUGCUUUGCUAGGCCUUGCUUUGCUUCCAGUUGUCGUUUAUGAACAUGCAAAGCAAAGAAAAAAAACGGUGUGACAUAACAACCUGAGUAAUUUGUUUUUUUUUUUUUCGUUUUACCAGAGUAGGUUUUUAUUACAAAACCAUUGACAGAACAAAACUGUACUAUAGAGUGUAAAAAGUUAACUUUUGUUCUUUUCGUCUUUGUCGUGAUGCAGUCGGGCCCUUGAAAAUAGAACAACCUAGCUUUUGAUUUGUUUGAGUUUUCUGUCUUUUUUUUUUUUUUUUUUCAAUUAUUGUCUAGCUUGUCGUUACCAGGACAAAGCACCAUGUCCAAUUGAACGUGACGACAGUACCACAGCACUUUACCUAGGUUGUGGCCUCCUCAAAAAAAUGUGCCUGGACUUUGAAGUCCAGCACUUACAGGCAGUCAGGACAAUGUGCAUUGAGUCUUUUUUACAAGUUCCAUAUGGUCACAGCUUUGCUGCAAGGACUAUUAGAGUCUGUAAACAGUUCUGGUUCUUGGUUUAGUUACGGGAACUGGUUUUACUUCAUCACUGUGAAAGGAAUUUGAACGAGUUCAAAUGUGAUCAUGGACUCUAUUCACGAAAAGUACAAUUUUGCCAAACAAGUUUUAGUUUUUCGGAAACCUAAAGUUCACAAAGUGGCCGUAGUCAGAAUCUUAUUAAACUGUACAUGCUGCCCAGUAGAGUAGAUCAUUUAUUAGGUGUACUUUAAUCUAAAUGGGAACUUAAUAAAAGACUUCAAAUUUAAAAAACAUUACUGACAUCAUGGGACCACAUGACAGAUUACCUCGUCUUUUCAUACACUUUUAUUUUGGCAACCCAUGGAGUCAGUUGAACAUCUGAGUUCCCUUUUAAACCCAAAGGCAAUAUUUCUAUCUGGCAGUGUGAUCCAUGGACCAUAAUUAAAGCUGCUGGCUGUCUUCUAUUUUGUAUGCAUGAGAGUUUGUUUGUACAAACUUACCCCAUUUAAUAACUCUAAUUUUGAUUCAUUCGAGGUUUGGAUUUUUGAAUGAUUCCCCUCUCCCUUAAACCCAUUUCUAGUUUAAAAAAAAAAAAGCUUUGUGGAGAACAUUUUUUUUUAUUUUGUAUUGAUCAUACUGUCACUCCCACUUAGCUACAUGAAUAACCACUGUUGAUACUUUUUUAUAUUACACUAUAUAUGACAUAUGUUUUUACAGUCAUCGAAGCAACAGACCUUCCAUUGACUUGAGUGACAUUUUUGUAAGGUGUAUCGUCUGUAAACCAAGCCCUCCCAUAGGCCCAUUUUCUGUAAUUGAAAAGAAUGCCUUAUUAAAACAAAUACAAUUGGAA